AUCUCCAAUGCUUCAGCUACCUCUUUUCUACAACUACAACAUUGUCCUUUGUGUCUUUGAGAGAACAGCACAGAAGAAUAUUCAAGAUCCACUCAGUAAAAACACUGAAUGCUGCAUUUCAAAGGCGAAAGGCCAAUAAAAUUUAUGACCGCUGAGUUGUCUGUUCACUAAGAUAUAAAAAAGAAGUUGGAAGAUGAGACGGUUUCUUGACCACACAUAGAUCACUGUAAAGCAGAAUUGAAACCUUUCCAGGAGCAUUUCUUCACACAGGAGCAAAGCAUGAAGAAACUGCCCAUCUCCCUCUGGCUGUCCUUUUUCUUAGGGACUUCAGCUCAUAUUCUGACAGCCAAGAACAAUAUCAAAGAUGAAAUGAGACUGGAGGGCUUUCAUGAUUGCUUUGUGUGGCAGCACUCCUUUCAGCCAGCCUCAAGUUCAGUUCACACUCUGGGACCAUCAGACAUUAAAACAAUCGCUGCGAUAGGAAGCUUGGGAAAUAUUGGGAAUUCCAGAGUGGACCAAGCAGACCCACUCCAAAGAAGAGAGAGGGAUCUUAUCCAGACAAGCAUGAAAACACUAACAGCUCUUGUUAGCAGAUUUAAUCCUUCUGUGCAAUAUCACUCUGCUCUUGCAAACAGCAGGGCUCCAUCAAGAAAUGGAACUACGAAUCUCUUUGAUCAAGCUAAAGAACUUGUGAAGACUAUGAAAGAGAGCAAGGAGAUAGAUUACCAAAACGACUGGAAGCUAAUUACAGUUUUUAACCCAUGUCCUUUCCAGGCCUCCAUCUCUCAGGAGACUUCCCAACUUGACAGCAUUAAAGCACUUGAAGCAGUUCUGGAUUUUUUACAAACAGAAAUUCCCAAAGCCUUUGUAAACCUGAUGGAUUCUGCUCUGUUCACUGGCUCAUCCCUUUCACACACUGAUCCAAAUGAUAUCAGGGACAUUUUCCCUAAGCCAUGUUUCAAUGAGCAUUCCAGACUGGAUGAAGUUGUAUGGAAAUGGUCCUACCAGGUUGCUUUGGAGAAGUUACUGGCAUCUCGGAAGUAUGACCAGAAGGAUGACUUCACUGUGGUUCUCCAGACUCCUCUCCAAGAACUAGAUAUUCCUUUUAUGACAGGCCAGCAAGGGAAUGGCCAUUCCACAAACACGACACCAGUGGAAAUCUCAAGAAAUAACUUUGCUGCUGUAGGAGUGGAACUCUGGAACAAUAUGAUGGAACCUGCUGGGCAGAAGCAGCCCUAUCGUUUCACCAAGAUGCCCGAGGCACGGUGUCCCUCUCCGGAGUACCCAUACUUCUUCACAUACAGAAAAAGCAACUACUCAUCUUCUGUGGAGUGGCAGACUGACACAAGGCCUCAAGUGCAGAGCGUACUGGCUCCAUCUACUUCUGCUUGCCUUCAGCCGAGGAGCUAUGGGACUAGCCUCUCAUGUUCUGACCGUAACCCCUCCAAUGCAGUUCCCGUCUCAGUUCAUCACUUGAGGCCAGCAGACAUUAAAGUUAUAGGUGCCCUUGGAGACUCGUUAACCGCAGGAAAUGGCGCAGGAUCAUCUCCACUUAACAUUGUAGAUGUUCUGACACAGUAUCGAGGCCUCUCUUGGAGUGUUGGAGGAAAUGAAAACCUUAGCAGAGUCACAACAUUAGCGAAUAUUCUUCGUGAGUUCAACCCUUCUCUGUUAGGCUUUUCCACUGGCAAAGGAUCAGAGCAAACAAAAAAUGCCUACUUGAACCAGGCUGUGGCAGGAGCACGUGCCAGAGAUGUUCCAUCUCAAGCUAGAAGACUAAUAGACCUGAUGAAGACUGAUUCUAAUAUAAAUUUCCAAGAAGACUGGAAGCUUGUGACACUUUUCAUAGGAGGAAAUGACUUGUGCAGUUUUUGUAAGGAUCCUGUACACUAUUCCCCAGAAAAUUUCACAAGCAAUAUACAGACAGCUUUGGACUUACUCCAUAAAGAGGUGCCCCGAGCCUUUGUGAACCUGGUGACAAUCCUAAAUAUAACAUCUCUGAGGAAAUUGUAUCAGGAGAAGAAAGUUACCUGCCCAAGACUGAUCAUGAGAUCUUUAUGUUCUUGUGUUUUGAACCCUGAUGAUAAUUCUGCUGAAAUAGAGAUGCUUGAAUCUUUUAACAGAAUGUAUCAGGAGCAAACUCACCACUUAGUGGAGAGUGGAAGAUAUGACACAAGGGAAGAUUUCACAGUAGUUGUCCAGCCACUUUUGGAAAAAGCGCGCAUGCCUGAAACUCCGGAAGGGUUGCCCGAUUCAUCCUAUUUUGCCCCAGACUGCUUCCAUUUUCACCAGAAGGCGCAUUCCCAGGCUGCCCGGGCUCUGUGGAACAACAUGCUGGAGCCCCUCGGGGAAAAGACUGCAUUGCAAAACCUUAACACCGUGAUUGCCCUCAAAUGUCCCAAUCAGGCCCAGCCAUAUUUAAUGACAUUCAGAAACAGCAAUCAUACCUACCCCAAUGGGACCGCCUCCAGUUAUGGAAGCCAGAUGCUGUGCACGAACAGAGCUCCGUCAAUCAGCCCCCCAACUUCAGUACAUGGCCUGAAACCAGCUGAUGUGCAAGUAGUAGCUGCCCUGGGGGAUUCCUUGACUGCUGGCAAUGGCAUUGCUUCCAAACCAAAUGAUAUGUGGGAUAUGAAUACACAGUACCGGGGUCUGGCAUGGAGCAUUGGAGGAGAUGCAUCAUUAAGGAGUGUAACAACUUUGCCUAAUAUCCUUCGUGAGUUCAAUGCUCAUCUCACAGGCUACUCAACAGCCACAGGUGGCUUUCAGGAGCCUGGUGCUUUUCUCAAUCAGGCAGUUCCAGGAGCAAAGGCUGAGAACUUAGCAGAUCAAGUGAAGCAUCUUGUGAAAUUAAUGAAGACUGACGUGAGAAUCAAAUUUGACACCGACUGGAAGAUCAUAACUGUAUUCAUUGGAGUGCAUGAUUUGUGCAACUAUUGCAAAGAUGUUCAUCACUAUUCAGCUGGAAACUUUUCACGUUAUGUUCAAGAAGCCCUUGACCUUCUUCAUGCAGAGGUGCCUAAAGCUUUGGUUAAUCUGAUGGAGGUAAUGGACCUUCUUCCCUUCAGGAAGCUGUUUCUGGACAGCAGACUGCCCUGCCCCACACAUCUAGUUGAAAAUCAUUGUAGCUGUAUCUUCUCUGUUCAAGAAAAUUCAUCUGAGCUGGUGAUGAUGAAAGAAGCAGUUAAAGACUAUCAGAUUAGCCUACACAAACUAGUGGAAACUGGCAGGUAUGACACUAAAGAAGAUUUUACAGUGGUAUUACAGCCUUUCCUCCACACGGUUGCAUUACCCCUUCUACAGGAUGGGCGUCCAGAUGUCUCCUUCUUUGCACCUGAUUGUUUGCACCUGAGUCAAAAAGCACAUGCCCAGCUCUCUCGGGCCCUCUGGAACAAUAUGCUUCAGCCUUUAGGAAAGAAAGCCGUUUCCUUCAGCUUUAUGGAUAAUAUAACCUUGAGUUGUCCAUCUCUGCACAAACCCUUCCUUGGAACAUACAGGAACAGCAACAACACAAACCAGAACUGGGGUAGUGACCUGUCAUGCCCCGAAGAGACUGUAUCAAGAAAAGCUGCAACAUCAGUGCACAGACUGCAGCCAGCUGACCUCCAAGUUGUGGCAGCGCUGGGUGACUCAUUUAUGGCAGCUGUUGGAGCCAAAGCCACUGAUCUGCAUGAUCUAAAAACGGCUUGGAAGGGGCUUUCCUGGAGCACUGGCAGUGAUGGAAGCUUGGAGACUCACACAACUUUGCCUAACAUUUUGAAAAAGUUUAAUCCAAAGCUCACUGGCUUUUCCACUGGCACCCAGAAGGAAACUGCAGGAUUCAACGUAGCAGCAGAAGGGGCCAUGGCACGGAAUCUCCCAGAGCAAGCGCGUGAACUGGUAAAGCUAAUGAAAAGCAGCCAGAACAUCAACUUUGAGAAAGAUUGGAAGCUAAUCACCAUUUUGAUUGGAUCCAAUGAUCUGUGUCAGUAUUGCUUAGACAAGGAGACCUAUUCAGUGGAAAAAUAUGUAAAGCACCUCCAGGAUGCUCUUGAUAUCCUUUACGAGGAGCUUCCUCGGGCCUUUGUAAACAUGGUGGAGAUAAUGGAACUCACUGGACUGCGUCAGAUAAAAAGGGAAGCAUCCGGAUGCGUUCUUUCAGGGGCGAGCCUUUGCCCAUGUGUUCUAAACUCUCAGGAAAACUCCCCUGAACUGCAAGAAAUUGAAAGACUUAACAGAGAUUAUCAGGAUAGAAGUGCAAUGUUGAUCAACAGCGGUCGCUAUGCCCAGCGGGAGGAUUUUGCAGUCGUUGUGCAGCCAUUUUUCCGGAACACCAUCAUGCCACUAGACAGUGAUGGGAAACCAGACCUGAGCUUCUUUGCUGUGGAUUGUUUCCAUUUCUCGGACAGAGGCCAUGCUGAGAUGGCCAUGGCACUCUGGAAUAAUAUGCUGGAGCCAGUUGGACAUAAGCAGUCAUACAACAACUUCACACAUGACAGGCUGAAACUCAAGUGUCCAAACUCAGAAUGGCCCUUUAUUUUCACAUCAAGAAACAGUGAAAAGCAGGACUCAGGAACAGGGGCACAGAGCAGUGGAGUCACAGUGCCUUACUGGGCAGUAAUAGUGGCAGUAGCAGUUGGAAUUUUGGCAGGAUCCCUGAUUGUUUGGGUUUCGAUGACUAAGAGAGCCAGCAAUCGUCCAAGGACAGGAGACACAGCAAUGGAAGAAAAAGCAUCAGCAUUUUAAAUUUGCACCUGCACCAAGGAGAUCUACCAUAACAGCUUCCUCUGGUGAUAUGAGGAAAGCAGUAUGAGAGCUUAACUACAGCUUUGCACAUGCUAUUUUUAAAUGAAACUUUUCCAUCUCAAAGGGGAAGAAAAGAAGUGAGUCCAUCAGCUGAGCCUUCAUGGUAACUAAUAACAGACCAGAGUUUAGGAGAUGUGAUAGAUAUAUAAGGAGCCAUUACCUGCCAAAUUAAAGAAAGAAUGUCCCAAAUGUUAUCAGCCUUCCCUGAUUUUAAGUAGGAAUACUUCUGGACAAGCCUUUUAUUGUGCAAUUUCAUUCAUGCAAUUUCCUAGAGCAUCUAUCUUCCAUCUAUAAUUCUCCCAUAUCUUCCCACCGUAUCUUCCAUCGUUUUUUCUUACUUCAGAAACCCCAUUAAGGAAGGAAAGACUGAAUCUUUGCAUAAUGUCUUUUGAUCAGUAGUGCUAGACACAGUUGGUCUGGAAGCACUGUUGGAUAUUUGCUUGGGUAAUGGAAAUUCCAAGGUCCUGUUCAGGAAUGGGCCAUGCAUGUUGGAUUCCCACCAAAACUUCAUUCACAGUAUCAGGUUUGCUUUCCUAAACCUGCUCUCUUAAGAGGUAUCUAUGUUUAAAUAGGUAUAUAUAAGUGAGCAUCUAGUAUGUCUGAAGAUCCACAUUUCCCUUUUGUUGGACUAUGAUCGGCUGUCUAAUUUAUCACAUCUAAUGCAUUGCAAUCAUGUGACUUGCAUCUAGGGAACCCUAUGAUAGUGUACAAAUAUCCAUGCUGGGUCACCGUUUUUUUUAACUGAAGACUGUGGCUUACAAGAAAGAAAGAACCCUGAGCAACUUCAAUCCCUGGAAUAAAAAGGAAGCAUUUAAUGAAUACAAUACACAUCAGUUUUUAAGAAGGAGGAAAUAUCAGUUCUGUUCAGAUUGCCAACCUGGCUGAAGAGUGAUCUAAAUAAACAAUAUUCAGAAAGCCAAGUUCUUCUUUUUAAUUUGUAUAAACAGAGAUAGCAUCUCUGAGGUUAAACUUCUCACGGUCGAC